AUGUGGGAUCCAGGACCCUUCCUUCUGCUGCUCUCAGGGGCCCUGACCCUGACCCAAAUCCGGGCGGGCCCCCACUCCCUGCGGUAUUUCCGCACCGCCGUGUCCCGGCCCGGUGGCGGGGAGUCCCGCUUCAUCACCGUCGGCUAUGUGGACGACACGCAGUUCGUGCGCUUCGACAGCGACUCCGCGAGUCCGAGGAUGGAGCCGCGGGCGCCGUGGGUGAAGCAGGAGGGACCCGAGUACUGGGAGGAGGAGACCCGGGUCGCCAAGGGCAAUGCAAAGAUUUACCGAGUGGCCCUGGGCAACCUGCGCGGCUACUACAACCAGAGCGAGGCAGACUCUCACACAUACCAGAGCAUGUACGGCUGCGACGUGGGGUCCGACGGGCGCCUCCUGCGUGGGUACACUCAAUACUCCUACGACGGCGCCGACUACAUCGCCCUGAACGAGGACCUGCGCUCCUAUACCGCCGCGGCGGGCACGCAGGCUUGGAGAACCCAGCGCAAGUGGGACCAGGCGGGUGCGGCUCAGCAUCGUAGGAACUACCUGGAGAACACCUGCGUUCAGGGGCUCCUCAGAUACCUGGAGAUCGGGAAGGACACACUACUCCGCCAAGAAGCCCCCAGAAGCCACAUCACCCACCGCCCCUUCUCUGACCGGGAGGUCACCCUGAGGUGCUGGGCCCUGGGCUUCUACCCUGCCGAGAUCACCCUGACCUGGCAGCGUGACGGGGAGGACCUGACCCAGGACACAGAGCUGGUGGAGACCAGGCCUGCAGGGGAUGGAACCUUCCAGAAGUGGGCGGCUGUGGUGGUGCCUUCUGGAGAAGAGCAGAGAUACAUGUGCCGUGUGCAGCACCAGGGGCUGCCAGAGCCUGUCACCCUGAGAUGGGAGCCCCCUUCUCAGCCCACCCUCCUCACUGUGGGUAUCGUUGUUGGCCUGGCUCUCCUCGGGGUUAUGGUCACUGGAGCUGUGGUGGCAGCUAUAAUCUGCAAGAAGCUCUCAGGUGAGAAAGGAGGACAGUACACUCAGGAUGCAAAGAGCGACUGUUCCCAGGGCUCUGAUGAGUCUCUCUUGAACCCUAGAGAAACAUCCAUCAAGGACCUGACGGUGAAGGAGCAGAAGAUCAAGUACAACAUUAUUGGAUUGACCAAAAUGAGAAGGCGUUGA